UCUCUUUUCCUCCAUUGCUCAAAAUUUGCAUAUCUACUCCUUCAAUCACCAUCCUCCUGCGUUUCUGCUGUGUAGCUUUGGCAUUUUCGGCAUAUGACGACGGCUGGUGCUGAAGAGUUGCCAAAGAAGCUGCAACUCUAUUCAUUUUUCAUGAGCAGUUCCUCUUUUCGUGUUCGUAUUGCUCUCAACUUAAAAGGACUUGAUUAUGAAUACAAAGCCAUCAAUCUGUUCAAACGAGAGCAGCACAGUCCUGAGUUUUUAAAGAUUAAUCCUAUUGGGUAUGUGCCUGCUCUUGUGGAUGGUGAUUUAGUGCUUGCUGAUUCUUUUGCAAUAAUAUUGUACCUUGAAGAGAAGUAUCCUCAGCAUCCUUUGUUACCUCAUGACCUGGAGAAAAGGGCGAUAAAUUAUCAGGCUGCAAAUAUUAUUUCUUCGAGCAUACAGCCUCUUAUUAGCUUACCUAUUCUGCAAUACAUUGGAGAAAAUGUUGGUCCUGAUGCAAAUAUUCCAUGGAUUCAAAAGCAUGUUGGAAAGGGCUUUGCAGCGCUGGAGAAAUUACUAAAAGGUCAUGCUGGAAAGUAUGCUACAGGAGAUGAAAUUUUCCUGGCUGAUUUGUUUCUUGCUCCACAAAUCAUUGGUUUGACACAAAGAUUCAACUAUGACAUGACGGAGUUCCCUCUUCUAUCCAGGUUGAGUGAGGCAUACAUGCAGGUACCUGCCAUCCAAGAUGCAAUGCCUGAUAAGCAGCCAGAUUUCCCCAACAAUUGAGGGAACAAGUUAAAGUUGUGGCGCUUUCAUGUGUGGCAUGUUAUUGUAAUGCUUUCAUGUAUGGCGUGUUAUAUCCGAAAAUUGCAGCGCUUUCGUAUGUGGCGUGUUACAUAAGAACUUGCAAUGGUUUCGCGUUGGUGUGUUAUAUAUGGAGAAUGCAUUUUGUAUUUUAUAAAGUUUUCAUCAUAAAAAUGGUAUUGUUAUUUUGUUUAUCUUAAAAUGUUAACACAUUUGGGAAGUUUUAAUUAAAAGGAUAUUUUGAUUUUU